CAGGAAGCAACUGCAGCUUGUUUGAAUUCAAAGGGUGGGGCUACAAGUUCAGAUAUGAGGAGAAAAUAUGAGGUUCAUAUCUGAAAAACACCAGAAAGAGACAUUCAAACAGACAGAUAAAGAGGUGAGACGUUCAGCACAUGGCCCUUUAGCUGCAUACACUAUCAAACUCGAGACUAAGUUUCAGUCAGUGGACGUCAAUUGGUGAAACGAGGCAAGACAACCUGCUGCAGUUGGCCUGACUACAUACAGUCAGACUACAUACCAAGUCAGACAUGGAGGAUUUGAAUGUGACCCACAGCCCUUCUCUAUCCGUAAGCCAAACGGAUCCAGCUCCACAGACCACAACAUGGAUUUUACACAAUGCCACAUAUCCAGUUCCCAUUGCAGACGAAUCAGUGAAUUUCGGACUUUUGGGAGUCUCUGUAAUAGCAGUUUUUGUGAUGAUACUGCUAAUGAUGGUAAUGGUUCUCCGCUACAUUGCCCAUCAGAAAGGUACAUAUUACACCAAUGAGGAGGACUUAGCGUUUAAGAGUGACCCGGAGGUGCAGGAUGUCUCAGAAAGUCUAGAAGAUCCAGAAGAAGAGGAGCCUUAGUAUCUUCUGGCGGGAAGCCUUUGGGACGUUUCCUGUGUGAAAUGUUUCACUGCGAGCGACAGAAGGAUCUGUCGUGUCUCAUCUUCCUUUUCACUCCAAUCACAUAUGCCUUUUCCAACAGAUGUCCUUUUCUGAUGGCUUUACACUCAACCAUUCCAAAACUAAAAUAGGUUCCCAUGUGCGUUAGCACUUGUGAGCAAAUUAUUAUCCUCUGAGUGUUAAAGAAUUCUUAAAUGAUAUUAAAAUGUGAUGUUUCUUUUAUACUGUAAACAUUUACCCUCAUAAAUUAACACAUUCAUGUCUCCAUUUAGUAAUAUUUGCAUAAUAUUAAACAUAAUAUGAAGUUCUUUUGCUAAUUUACACCAAUUUGAAUGACUUCAAUAAGAUAAUAAUAUGAAACUGUCCAUAAACUUCGGAACAGAUGUGUGUCUGUCUAUAUAUAUAUAUAUAUAAGUUCAGUAUAAAAUUAAACGUGUGUGUGUGUGUUUGUUUUAUGGAUUUUAAUAUGAACUAGCCUAAAAAAACUAAAAUGUUGUAUUAUUGUAUUAUUUUGUGUUUUGUUUGUAAGCGUCAGAAAAAAAUAUUUUAAGCUAUGUAUUGCUUCAAUUACGAAUAAAAUGAUUACAGAAAUCGGUAAAAGGCCAUUUCAAAGUUUUGCAUGUGAACAGACAUAAAUAUAGACACUUAUUAACAUUCUUGUGAGCUAAAAAACUAAUAAUAAGGACCAUGAUUUGACCUUUGAUUCGUGUCAUAUAUCUGUGUGUGACUGUAUAGAGUGGCAAUUUUAAUGUACAGAAAUAUAGACGUUUCGGGGGAUUAGAAGAAUCCAAGUAAAUAAAACUGAGUAUUGCUUCA